GUAAUAGCAAACCAGCAGGACAUUGUUGCUCGCACAACAGCCGAAGCAAGAAAUCGCCACUUAAAGAAAUACUCUGCUGUUCAAUAUCAAGGCUUGCUUGGUAUUAAGAGAGACGGGAAAAAUCAUUGAAAGUCUAGCGAAGCAUCAGGGAGAGUGAAUCACGAAAAUUAAAGACCCAACUCUACUAGUCGCGAGCAAAAGACAUCCAAUACAAUGGCCGCCUUACUACCCUUCAUCCAGGAUCUCCUUCCCAUGAUAUUACCCUCUGAAGUGCACAUAACUCGCGGGAGAGACCUCGCCUCGGGAAUCCCGCCACCGUCGACGGGCCACAGGGCAAAAGCUGGCCCCAACAGGAAGGACAAAUCUCAUACUACGAGUCAAGCAGCAGCCUCAACCGCCAAAGAGACGCGAGUUGUGAAGGGGGCGGUUGAGAACGGGCCCAUAGAGCUCACCGGAGUUAGCAUGAGCGAAGAAGAUUCGUCGGCGGAGGAGGACGCGCCAGGAGAACAGGACCAUGACUCUUCAGAUGGAGCGUCAGGCAACAGAACAAGCCCACCACCACAACAGCGACCAAAAGCAAGAGGCGGGGUCGUCGUGCGCAACGCCAUAGUGGACAAGACUGACAAGAUGUGCGCCUCAGUCAUGUUUGCAGGGCCACAUUCCGAUUCCGCUGUGCAUCAUAACAGCGAACAUGAUACCAUCAUCUAUGCAGCUUCGGGUAAAGGCAUACUCGCCACAAGCCCUCCCGAGAACUACAGUGACGACGAGGAGCAACCACCAAGGCAGCAGGAGCUGGAGCCCGGUGACUUUGCAUUCAUUCCAGCUUGGACGGAGCAUCAACUGAUCAACAAGACGGACGAACAAGUCGUAUGGGUCGUGAUACAGGGCGGAUCUGCCCCGAUAGUAGUGCCCCUGACCGGCUGGGGUGGAGCCGAGGCUGCAGCAUGACUGGCGGCAGGCAUAUCAAGUAUACUUCCCAAGAGCCAAUCGCAAAGAUAGGACAUGGGUUUGACAAGCUUGUCUGUGCAAUUACGGACUGGCUACCUUCUACUGCACCUUCUUACAGUCCUCACGACUCGAUACCGCUCCGCCACUCUAUCAAAACAAUCAGCGUGGUCAGACGUGUGAAAGUAGAGAACCUCGAUGCCCGAGUGUGUGAACCCACUGCUGCCACCCACGACGGAUCCACUCAUCAACUUGUCGACAUCAUCCUGGUGACGUUCUGUGGACUUUGCGAGCUCGCCCUCGCAAAAGAGGUAUUCCACUACGUGCCUCGUAUCAGUAAUGAUAUCCCAGCCUGCCAGUGCCAC